UUAAAUUUAAAAAUUAGUAAUCGAAAGGUCGAAUAAUAAUAAGGGUAAACAUAGAACAAGAUUAAUCUGGUUUUGGCCAAAACUUUUGUUUCAAAUAAGUAUAAAACGUGCUGAAGUUUUCACCAGUAGCAAUCUGAGUUUUGAGCCCGAACCAGGUGAGUAGAGCUAGGGUGGGCGAAAGACACGUCUUUUAAUGUCAAGUCCAUAUAAUAUAUGGGCGAGUCUGGCUACAGAUCAUAUGACGGUCAAAUUUUAAAUUCAAAUUUUUCGGACAUAUUUAAAAAUCAUAUUUUUGGACAUAUAUUUUCGGACAUAUUUUUAAGUCAGUUUAGCGCCAGUAGCUCAAGAAAUUCAAUAGCUUCUAAAGAAUAGCGCCAGUAGCUUAAGACAUUCAAUAGCUUCUAAAGAAUAGCCUCGUACAUUCACCAUUAAUGGAAAGAUUUGCGGUGUUAAAUUUUGUUAAAAUUUAUUUUAUUAAGGACAAAAAAAAAAACCCCAAAAAACAUCGGACCAAAAUCUCUCAAAACUACAUCACCAGCUUGUGCUAGAAAUUGUUAUUUGCAAUAUUUAAAACUAUAAAUUUAUCACGGAAUGCGCUAGUAUUAUUACUUUUUAUCCAUUAAAUCAUUGGUUCGAUGAAAAUCUCUCAAUAAAAUAAUAUAUACACCGUCAGCUUUGUGCUUAAAAUUAUUGACAAUAAGUUUUAAAACGAUAAUUUUAUGACAUAAUGCGAUAGCCUUACCACAUUUUAUCCAUUAAAUCAUUAUUUCUCAGCAUUUCAACAAUGUAGACUUUCGUUAGUGUUGUUCUUCUAGGACUUUCAGGUAGCGGUUUUUUUUUCUUCUGUGAAAUUCACUAAGAAGUAUUCUUAAAAGAAUGCAUGUCCAUAACAUUCAAGUACAACAAUUAAACAAUAUAAAAGGAAAGCUUUUAAGAAAACUCGCUGCUAGAACCACUCUGUACACUGUUGCUUUCCGAUGUUUCGUGGGCGCGAUGUUCACAUAGAAACAAGAACUUAUUUGAAAUUUCUAUAUAAAAGUAUUGCAGUUUUUAAAAUAACCUUUUACAUUUUCAAAAAUAUCCAACUUGAAUGAGCGAUUUUUAUUCUUGCGGGUUUCUUAGUAAUGCAGUCUUUGACCCUUUAAGGUAUAUUCAUUUCCUAAUUUAUCAAAUUUCGUGAUUCUACACUACGCAAUAUUUUACCCAAUGUGGUAUCGUCAUAUACAAUAUUUUACCCUAUUUGGUAUCCUUAUGCGCACCAUUUUAACCCAAUUGGUAUCUUUACACACAAUAUUUUACCCUAAAUGGUAUCGUUAUAAACAAUAUUUUACCUUAAUUGGUAUCUUUAUACACAAUAUUUUAAUCUAAUUGGUAUCUUUAACACAAACUAUUUUACAUUAUUUUUAUAUUUUUACUAUGCAAUAAUUUACCCUUUUGGGUAUCUUUACUAUACAAAAAGGAUAACAUGAUAAUUGUUACGCCAUAAAUAUUUCUUCAUAAACCUAAGAAUAAAACAAAUAAUAAUGUAUAUAAGCCGAGGCUUGUCAAAACAUUUCCACAUUCCAAUAUUUUUGUAUCCGUUUUUUUGUUAUUUUUCAGUUCCAGAGCUCCACCAACCGCAGCUGACUUACUUGAACUACGGUACACAGCACAGCGUAACUCAAAGAAUGAAAACCAUCUUUGCGCUUCUCGGAGUUGCCCUUUUGCAUUUCACUCAAUGCCAAGGUCAGUUCGGAUCCUGUUAAGUCAUAAUUUUAAAGAAAUCAUUUUGAAAAAAAAAAGAAAAUAUAUAAAAUAAAUUUCUCAUUUGAUAAGGGUAAAAUAGCAUGUCUUACAAGUAACUCGCCUAACCCCUUUUAAAUCGUUUCCAAAAAUCCAUUCAAGUUUCUGGAAAACAAAGAACUGGAACAGUGACCUCAGCAAAAUAAAACAAAAUUUAAAAAAUUAAACACAGCUAAUUAAAUGUACAGAAUACAUUUAAAAGUAAAUAGAUUUGAGAAUUUAAGUUUGAGCAUGAGUGAAUUUUUACACUGGCCUGUCAGGACAGAUAAACAAUGAAUAGUAUAACAAUGAAUAGUAUAACAAUGAAUAAUAUAACAAUGAAUAGUAUAACAGUGAAUGCUUUAACGAUCGAUAAUAUAUAUAUAUAUAUAUAUAUAUAUAUAUAUAUAUAUAUAUAUAUAUAUAUAUAUAUAUAUAGAAUAAUGGAGUGAUGAACACUGUAACAAUAAAUGACGCCAUGUUCAUAACAACUUCACCAUUGAUAUAAUGUCUUCCCAGCACAAACCCAUGAGUUGGAACUUUACGUUGUGGCGGACAGCGCCCUUGUUUUAAAGUGAGUUAUCCUUUCCUUCUCAAAUUUAUUUCAAUCAUGUUUAGAGGAUAAAUGUAAAGAUGUUUAAAGUCUGGGGGGGGGGGUCGACACCAGAUCCAAGAGUUUGGGCACAGCUCCAGAUGGUUUCAGAACCUGUGGGAUGCCCAGAAGGAAUUGAGUAGGACAAUCCAAAGACAGGGGUGGAAGAAUGAGUGCUGUCAAAGACGGGUGGGGGGAGGGGGGCGGCACUGCGGACUAUUAAAGACUGGGGACUAAAUCACAAUAAUAGAAAAAAAAACAUGGUUUGAACAAUGAACGACAGAUGUAGAAGAACGUAGAUAGAUGUAGAACAAUGAAAGACUGAUGUAGAACAAUGAAAGACGGAUGAAGAACAAUGAAUGGCGGACGUAGAACAAUGAAAGACGGAUGUAGAACAACGGAAGACGGAUGUAUAACAAUGAAAGACGGAUGUAUAACAAUGAAAGACGGACGUAGAACAAUGAAUGGCGGACGUAGAACAAUGAAAGACGGAUGUAUAACAAUGAAAGACGGAUGUAUAACAAUGAAAGACGGAUGUAGAACAAUGAAAGACGGAUGUAUAACAAUGAAAGACGGAUGUAUAACAAUGAAAGACGGAUGUAGAACAAUGAAAGACGGAUGUAUAACAAUGAAAGACGGAUGUAGAACAAUGAAAGACGGAUGUAUAACAAUGAAAGACGGAUGUAUAACAAUGAAAGACGGAGGUAGAACAAUGAAAGACGGACGUAGAACAAUGAAAGACGGACGUAGAACAAUGAAAGACGGAUGUAGAACAAUGAAAGACGGAUGUAUAACAAUGAAAGACGGAUGUAUAACAAUGAAAGACGGAUGUAUAACAAUGAAAGACGGAUGUAUAACAAUGAAAGACGGAUGUAUAACAAUGAAAGACGGAGGUAGAACAAUGAAAGACGGAUGUAUAACAAUGAAAGACGGAUGUAGAACAAUGAAAGACGGACGUAGAACAAUGAAAGACGGAGGUAGAACAAUGAAAGACGGAUGUAUAACAAUGAAAGACGGAUGUAUAACAAUGAAAGACGGAUGUAGAACAAUGAAAGACGGAUGUAUAACAAUGAAAGACGGAGGUAGAACAAUGAAAGACGGAUGUAUAACAAUGAAAGACGGAGGUAGAACAAUGAAAGACGGAUGUAUAACAAUGAAAGACGGAUGUAGAACAAUGAAAGACGGAUGUAUAACAAUGAAAGACGGAGGUAGAACAAUGAAAGACGGAUGUAGCGCAACGAAAGGCAUAUGCAGAGCACAAUAGAAGACACAUGUAAAAAGCACCCUUGCAAAUUCAUGCAGGAAUAAACUUUGGAAAGAACUUAACGUGUUCGUUCUUUUUUCUUUUUUUUUUUAUUAUGUACCUUAAAAAAAAAAAUCUCCUUAAGCGAUACAAUUGUGGCCUGCUUGAUUGACGCAUUGCUUAUGUACUUUUACACGAUCAGCCAAGUGAAACUAGACACCUCCAGUGACACGUACAAUGUGAAGUAUCAGAGGGCGCAACAGAACGUCAGAGCUGACAUCAACUAUGUGUUGAAUCAGGUAUGUGUUGUCUAGUUCGCUCUCUCUCUCUCUCUCUCUCUCUCUCUCUCUCCGGUCUGUCUCUCUAUUUCUUACUCUCUCCCUCUCUUUCACAAUCUUUUUUUUCUUUCUCUCUCUUUCUUAAUCUCUCUCUUUCGUUCUAUUUCUCUCUCAUUUUCUUCUGUCUCUCUAUCUCUAUUACUGUCACGCCCUUUUUUUCUUUUCUCUCUCUCUCUCUCUCUCUCCCUUUCUUCAGUCUCUCUAUUUGUUUUACGUAUCUCCCUCUCUUUCUUUUUUCUCUCUUUCUCCUACCUGUAUCUCUAUUCCCUCUCUCUCUCUCUCUCUCUCGUUCACAAUCUCAUAAUUUUUUUCUCUCGCUUUUUCUAUCUCUCUCACUCCCUCUCUUCCUUUCUUUCUCUCUCUCUCUCUCUCUUUCUUUCUUCGGUCUCUCUGUCUCUAUUAAUUUCUCUCUCUCUAUUUUCUCUCACUCUCUCUCCCCCCUCUCUCUCUCCCUCUCCCUCUCCCUCUCCCUCUCCCUCUCACCCUCUAUCUAUGCAUGUGUUUCACUUUUAAACGACACUAUCUCGUUGUCAUUUAAUCCCAUGUUGUAUCUAUUUCGGCCAAUUUAUGUUUACCCAUAGACUUCUCUGCCAGCCAACGAUAGACUUCUUUGCCAGCCAACCAUACACUGCCAUGCAAACCAUAGACUUCCCUGCUAACCAACCUUAAAUUUCUCUGCCAAUCAACCAUAGACUUCCUUGCCAACCAAUACACAAUGAACGUUAUAUUACCAUAUUUUUGUAGUUAUAUACGAGAUAGAAGACUAACAACUGCCCCGUUCAAAUCACUUGUUCCGAUUGCAACUCCCCUUAAAAAGAUUGACAAAUAAUGUCAGAAAGAAAAAAACCAACUCAUGUGUUUAAUCGCAACUCCCCCCAGGCUGACAGUAUGUUAGCAGGCCUGACCGGCGUCACCGUUGGGAUCAAGCUGAGAAAGUUGGAUAUCCUGGUAAGUAAGGGACACGUUUAGCACGGGCACCACCACCACCACCAAAACUAUAACAGCCGCCCCAUAAGCAACUAGCGACUAGCAACUAGAGAAGAAUGCGCCCAUCAAUAUACAAAGUACAAAAAAAAACAACAAACAAACAAAAAAAACCAGCAAAAAACAAAAACAGUUAUACACGAGCCAAAGUAAAAACAAUCAAAACACACUUCACAAGAUAUAACAAAUGCAACAACGAUCAACGAGCAAACAUCAAGGUGCUAUCGACUCCCUACAUACAACAAUGGAAAAACAAACAAACAGUAUGCACACAAAAAUACAGAGCAGUCAACAUUUGUGCAAUUGACAUACGACAGCUGACUUACAAUAAUCAACGUACAACAGCCUAUGUAAAGCUACCAAAGUACAGCAAACACCAUUCAUCUUCCAACAAUGAACAAGCAACAUCCAACAAUCACGAUACAACUCUAAACAUACAGUAAUCACUCAAGUGCAAUAAACAUUGAAGUCAACAACAUGCGCCAAUCAACAUACAACCCACUAAUUAGCAUACAGCUCACCAUUCAACAUACAACUCACCAAUCAGCAUACAACAACUCACCAAUCAACAUAAAAAUCACCAAUCAACAUAUCACUCAACAAUCAACAUUCAACUCACCAAUCAACGUACAACUCAACAAUCAACGUGCAACUCACCAAUCAACGUACAGCUCACCAAUCAACAUACAACUUACCAAUCAAGAUGUAGAUCACCAAUAAACAUACCACUCACCAAUCAACGUACAACCCACCAAUCAACGUACCACUCACCAAUCAAUAUACCCCUCACCAAUCAAUAUACUACUCACCAAUCAACGUACAACUCACCAAUCAACGUGCAACUCACCCAUCAACGUACGACUCACCAACUAAUCGGCAAUACAAUCGCCUCUGUCCACACCAGACCACAAACGUCAUCACAUUGUUUCUGCCUGGAACAAACUACGUAGUGGACAGCGCGGUGGCCAAGGUCCAAUUUCAGAACUGGUUGAGCCAGCAAAACUCCUACGCCCUUUUGGGUUAUGACUUAGCCAUUCUGUACACUGGGUAAGUCAUUAGUUAGCGUUACACCGGGUAAGUCAUUAGUUAGGGCUACACCGGGUAAGUCAUAUAGUUAGCGUUAUACCGAGUAAGUCAUUAGUUAGCGUUAAGCUGGGUAAGUCAUUAUUUGGGGUUACACUGCAGGGUAAGUCAUCAGUUAGCGUUACACCGGGUAAGUCAUUAGUUAGCGUUACUCUUGGGUAAGUCAUUAUCUAAUGUUAGACACAGUACAUAAGUUGUCAACCAGUUAAGAUGAAAUGCUGACGAUUCCAAUAGACCUGAUCACCUCAAGAGCAGGGGUGGGGGGGGGUGGCGCCAAACUACGGCUCGCGGACCGGAUCCGGCCCGCGACGUUCGUUAAUCAGGCCCGACGUCCGUACUUGAAUUCGCAUGAUAAAAGGCGUGGAAGACGAGACGUUGUGAUGCAAUUUAAACUUUAUGUUUAGAACUAGGUACUUCGGUAAAAAGUAAUGAAAAUUCCAAAGAAAUAAAAUAAAAUAUUGCAGUUAUAUAGAGCAAGUUUCAAAUAAAAAACUAAACCUAAAUUUUUGCUAUAAUAAUUUUUGAGCUAUACAUUUUAAAGUGUGAUUCCGUUUGGUAGUUUUAACUUUGUACUGAUCAUCCACAUUUUGUGACCUAAUUCCGCUGAUCGCGUCAUGCGCAUUAGAUCUUGAUUAAUAUGAUAAUUUUAUAUAACUUGUAUUUCAGGAUUAAAAAUUAAUACUAAGUGUUAAACUUUUUCAUUAUAAAAAUUAAUUUGAACAAUAUUCUGCAAUUAUUAACAAAUUAUGACUUAUCCAGCUAUGUAAUAUGCGUUAUUAACUUAAAUAGAUAUGAAUGUUUUGUUUACCAAGCCUAGCGUCCAUUCAAAUAUAGUAAAUAGUCACAAAAGGAAUUGUAAUCAAGGCGUUCCUUAAAAAUAAUACUGGUUUUUGGGACUACUUAUUUUGAACUUUCAACUUUUGCGCAUUACUAAUUAAUUAAAGCUUUCUAUGGCCAAUGAUUUACGGUUUUUCCACAAAGCACUCUCAUUCUCUUAUGAGUGAAACUUUGAGAAUAUCACAUGCACGUGACUGCGAACGGUUGCCCAUGACAACGUUUUUGCACACGGCACAUUAUGAUCAUUAUAUAUAUAUAUAUAUNAUAUAUAUAUAUAUAUAUAUAUAUAUAUAUAUAUAUAUAUAUAACAUGGACUCUACCGGGUUUUGACCUCUAAAACUAAAAUUAAAAUAUUCUUUUUCAAAUUAGUUCUGGGUUUGUUCUAAAACGCAAGCUAUCAAAUAGUUUGAUGUAAAUAGUUGGUGGUAAUUAAUAAAUAUCUCUUAACUAUCUCGGCAUCGUCUGCCAUUUGGUCGAAACGUACAGAAUGAUUGUCCGGCCCGCUGUGAAAAUGUUUGCGUGACCCCUGCCCUAGAGGUACACACUGAACUUCAAAAAAAAAGUGUUUCCAUCUUCAUGUAUGUCAGUCCUGACGGAAUGAGCACAGCAUUCAUAAAGUACAGAGCCACGACGUAUACAUAUUAUUCAUAUGAUAUGCACAAAAACAUACAAAAGAGCUGUUCAGAUAUUGAAAACGGUCGAUAAUAAAUGGGUGGUUAAAAAAUAAAUAUAUUUGUUUUUAUAAAUCUCUCUAGAUUCGACCUGUAUGGAUCAGGCGGUCUUCUUGAAACAUGUGAGUUAAUGUUUGUGUUGUGCUAUUCAAAAUUGUAAGGCCCGUGGUAGGGGGGGGGGUGAGGGCCCUUUAUGAUACGCACCUCCUCUAGUCUUGUGACUCAGUAUGUGCCUUUGUAUAUGACGUCACAGGAGGUGUCAAGAUAGAAACAUGUAAAUGACACAGUAGUCAAUUCUACGUUUAUUUUAGAGGGUUAUUUCCUCUGCACAAUUUAGUGAAAGUAUCGAGCUAAAAAAAAGUCCUUAAUAGGAAUCGUACUCACUUAGCGUGGAUUGUUGUCUGAUUAUCACUCAUAACUCCACACCAUACAUAAACAAUAAAUAAAUACAACAUAAAUAUAUGUACAUACAUGACUAGUUGGGAAAACAAGGUUGUUAUUUUAAAUACAUUAAACUGUGUUUUAUGAUAUUAUCAGUUUCUACCAUUGUUAGCUGCUCUAGUUCUAAAUCUUACAUUUUCAUUUCGUAAUCUUCAAUUUUCAUCUCUAAAUCUUACAUUUUAAUUUCUAAAUCUUAUAUUUUUUCUUCUAAAUCUUACAUUUUAUUUCUUAUUCUUACAUUUUAAUUUCGAAAUCUUACAUUUUGAUUUCUAAAUCUUGCAUUUUUAUUUCUUAAUCUUUAAUUUCAAUUACUGAAUACUACAUUUUUAUGUCUAAAUAUUACAUGUUUACUUCUAAAUUGUACAUUUUUAUUUCUAAAGCUUAUAUUUUCUUUCAAAAUCUUACAUUUUUAUUUCUUAAUCUUACAUUUUAUUUCUGAAUCUUACAUUUUAAUGUCUAAAUUGUACAUUUUACCCUUAAAUUUAAAAUUUCUCUAUCUUACAUUUCCUCUAGCCAACACAAACUUUGCUUCCGUCUGUGACCGCAUACGUUCCCUUGCCAUCAUUGAGUUCCAGCCCACAUACAGAGACGUUUAUGCGACAGCUCACAGCAUUGGUUUCGUGUAGGUCAUUGAUGAUAUAAGAAAAAAAAAAGAUGAAGGUUUUAACCUUCACAUACUUAUCUCGGUAUAAUUUUUAGCCUAAAGCCAUGUUGCUGUUAUACAAAUUUGAUACAUCUUAAAGUUCUGCCUCCCAUUCAAACACCUACCAUCUGGCCGACACAUACCUACUGUCUCACCGGCAUACAACUAUUGUCUCACCGACACAUACCUACUGUCUCACCGACAUACCUAUGGGCUCACCGACUUACCUACUGUCUCACCGACACAACUACUGUCUAACAGACACACACACCCACCCAUAACUAGAAACUCAAACCGACAGCACCGCACGUACCAACCCUCACUUAUCUUCUCAUCCAACGAACCACACUUACCAAUCCCACACUACCACACUCACCAUUCCCCACUACCACACUCACCUAACCAACUACCACACUUACCAUGCCACACUUACCAUCCCACACUCACACUUACCAUCCCACACUCACACUUACCAUCCCACACUCACACUUACCAUACCACACUCACAAUUACCAUCCCACACUCACACUUACCAUCCCACACUCACACUUACCAUCCCACACUCACACUUACCAUCCCACACUCACACUUACCAUCCCACACUCACACUUACCAUCCCACACUCACACUUACCAUCCCACACUCACACUUACUAUUCCACACUAGCACACUUGCCAUACCACACUACCUUCCCUUAGAUGCAUCCUUUCCCCCCCCCCUUUUUCAACUUUUGUUACAAGCCAGGCAUUUUCUUGACCUGCUCUAAUUUCCCGUAUCCCCAGUUUGGGCGCCAACAAUGAUGGGGCGGCCUCUAGCAACGUGAUGGCUUCCCUCAACACCCCAACAGACAUUAACAGAUGGUCAUACUCCACAUGCUCUGCCACCAGCAUCAAGGAUUACUUGAGACUCCUGCCGUGAGUAAUUGAAACUGAAUUAAAUGUAAAAAAAAAAAAAUUUUCAACACUUGGCAUUCAACGAAAAGGUAUUUUAAAAAAUAAAUAUAUAUUUUUGUUAUGUGGUGGUUGCAGAAACGUAUGUUAUUUUUUUAAGGCUUCAGAAGGCACAACAAUUCUUGAAGACACCUUGUUAUGGAGGAAUGCCUUUCGUCAGCUAACCACUGAUGAGUUAUUGACCGCGUAAAAAUUUGUUCCAGUUCCUAAUAACCCAUUAUAUUUCAUUAGUUUCUUGUUGUCCCUUGUCUCUCCAGCGUCAACUGCCUGCUGUCCUCAAGCUCGCAGUCCACCAAGCCCUCCUUUUCGGUGACCAGCUACACCGGCAACAUUCUGAAACCCGACGUCAUCUGCCAGCGCGCCCUCAAUGACACCAGGACUUACAUGUGCAAGGUAUUUUUCAAACAAAUGAGUCCACCCUGUUGAAAUGAGUAUUCCAAAGGAAUCCGUUUCGUCCCCGCCACUACCGCAUUACAUUAGUGAUGGAGGCAACUUGAAAAAAAAAAUUCUUAAAGGGCAAGGGUUUUUACGGGGCUGGUCAUAAAUAACCAAGCAGCUCAUGUAGCAAAGUGCUGAAGGCCAUUGUAUGAUCUGUAGUUUAAUCAAGAAAAUCUCCUACCUGACCCCUUUUUUUUCCUCCCACCCAAGGGAAUAUGUUAGUCUCCCCAUCGCAAGUAAACGCAUUUAUGAAAUAUAUUAACGUAAUCUUACAAAAACAAACAAACAAACAAACAAACAAACAAACAACCUCCCUAGCUUGAAUAAAGUAGAUUCAUGGAUUUGAAUCUUUCCUUCGCUUGAGUCAAAUCAAUGACUUUAUUGAGCGUUUUCUUCGUUUGCUCAGAGCCUCCCCGCCACCUACAACAACCUGCCCCCACGUGGCAACGCCGUCUGCUCGCAGAUCUACUGCAGGGUCCCCAACACCAUGACGUGCACCUCUGUCUUUACCUCUGAUGGAAUGGUCUGUGACAGAAGCAAGGUGAGUUGAACUUUGUCUUAACAAGCUGUUUUAGAAAUGCGAGUGUAAGAUGUGUUUAGAUAGCGAUAGAAUAAGUAUCUCACCAAUGAAUGGCAUUAGAAUGUGUAUCUCACCAAUGCAUGACAUUAGAAUGCAUAUCUCACCAAUGUAUGACAUUAGAAUGCAUUUCUCACCAAUGUAUGACGUUAGAAUGCAUGUCUCACCAAUGUAUGACGUUAGAAUGUGUAACACAACAAUGACUAUAACGCAGUCUUGACUCACCAAUUAAUAACAUUAAGUCCCACAAACAGUUGUCUCUGUCUAAUUUUAAUGUUGUUGUUUUUUUCCCUCCAGAGAUGCAGCAAGGGGCAGUGUGUUGUAGACCGCACCACCGAGACUCAGAAUGUGAACCGUAAGUCUGACAUAACAUAGUAACCAGCUAGUGAGCAAAGCACAUCAGUAUAUAUUUAGACCUGGUGAUUACAAAAUCAUUGCCGUGGUUUUAAUGCAGUGCACACUGGUGGAACGUUCAUUUGUUUUCAUUUUAUAUCGUCUGUAUGAAAAAAAAAUCAGUUUAAAAAAAGAACAGGUCAUUCGUUGGCAUAAAAUGAAACCUAGUUACCUUUUCUUGUUUAAAAAAAAUAAAAUAAAUAAAUAUGUUUGACCCCAGCCCCCGCCACCCGGUCCCAUAUAUCGUUCAGGUGUUUUGAUUUCACCAUCCAGAAAACCGUUUCCUUCACGUGCAAGCCAGCAAGCAGCUGUACUACUUCACUAAUUCAAGCUAGAUGUUCAUUCACUGUUGUAGCUAUCCACUUCACUUUUCAGCUAACUGUGUCUGGGGUGACCAGAAGACGCUCGAGUUCCCGACCUUGAACUUUUACGGCACGUGUCCGACCUUUAUCUCCGCCUACAAGGCCUUCAACUGCUACUCGUCACCCAUCAACGAAUCCUGCUGUGCCACGUGCAAGUCAUACAAUACCGGAAGAGUCGGUGAGUUAAAAAACAAACAAACAAAAAAAAACAGAAAUUUUCUCGUCAGAAAAUUGAUAUAAAGGUCAGUUAUUGAUGAUGUACGGGUCAAACAAUGAUUAAAUAGUACAACAUUAAUUUACUAGUCCAUGAUAAUCAUGGAACUCAUAGCGAUUUAGGAAGUCCAGAAGUAAAAAGAAGAAGUAGUUGAACAAGGUAUGUUUAAGCUUUGAAAAAAGACAGGUCAACUUUGUUAAAAGCUUAACACAUCUCGUUCCAAUAUUGAUUUACUUAACGGCUUGAACGCUUCCCCAAUAUAUAUAUUAUAUGUAUAUAUAUAUAUAUAUAUAUAUAUAUAUAUAUAUAUAUAUAAUAUACAUAUAUAUUCCCUAUAUUAAGCUACAAAGUGUGUGACCUCUGACUUGAUAUUUCUUCACCAGGUUGUGAAUACGGUGACAAGUCCGUGGAUUGUGUCAAAUACACCAAGGCCUCGGUCUGUCCUACUUAUGGGAGCAACCUGUGCUGCGGCUACUGCGCGUGAGUUGAUAUAUUCCUUACUGACCCUUGGGAAACAUUCUUCAACGAUAAUUUCUAACCACGAUACUAUAGUUCUAAUCUUUGAAAAUAUGCGUCUUCGAGCACUAAACUCUAAUAAUAAUUAAAAAAAACAGGACUUUAUUUUGUAACAUUGGCAAUUUUUAACACGUAGGGAAGGUGUUAGCGUAGAUAAGCAGUAAGUGUUCACGUGGCGGCUGACCCAUGACCUUUCUCUUCCAUCAGCGGCUACGUGGGCAAACGGUCAACCAAUGAAGGCAGCUUCCCCGUCCCGGCGCUGAAUGCCACUCAGCCGGACAAGAACGUGGCGGAAAUCACGGAGACCAUCCCCUACGCCGAUGGGCACCACAUUCCGCAACGUCGCUAAGUUAGGGCCCAGUGAUGCAUGACCAGGGUCCAGUGAUGCAUGACCAGGGCCCAGUGAUGCAUGACCAGAGCCAUAUGUUUUCAUAAAUUGCUUUGCUUAUUUGAUUUUUUAAAAUCAAAUGUAGUCUAUCUGACGUAGCUCGAAUAAUUUUGAAUCGCUUUUAAGAGAUUACAUGAUGGCUUUCUGAUAAGUUUUUGAAGACUUUCUGAUACAUUUAAAAGAGUUUUAACACUGAAUUAUGAUUAUUAAUUUACUAACAUCUUUAAUUUUUCGAAAUACACUGUUAUUUUUUUUUAUUUAUUUUUUUUUUAGGGGGGGGGGUGGGGGGACACUUGGGGGAUAUUGAUACUUUAUUCCACCAAGGUUUUUUAAAAUUUCAUUUUCGAGAACCAUUUUCAUUAUUUUAUUGCGAGUUUAUUGCAAGUGCUGAACAAAUUAAAAAGUUGGGGUUGGGUAUAUAUUGAAAUAAUAUGACUGCUUAUUACCUUUGCAUUGCGCGGGAUAGUUCUAUCAUGUAGGUAAUUGAAAAUUGUCUGAAUAAUAGAUAUAAAGUAUUUUUUAGGCACUAUUAAGUUUGACAAUCAACAAUAUUACCAUGAUGAUUGUACAAUGAUUCAUAAACAACUCAUCGGCUUGAUUUAAAAAAAUAAAAUUACUUUAAAUUGUUUGUUUCGUCAGUUAAAAGACUGUGUGUAAUAAUUAAGUGUAGGAUAUGACAAUGUAGAAAGUAAUCUUGUAUCCAUGCUUUUAUUUCAACGCUGGAAUAUUCACUCGAAAAAAAAUAAAAAAUUAUGUGUUUCGAGUGGAAUAUUUUAUACUUAAUUUUAUCAAUGCUUUGAUUUAGGCUUCCAAGUUGUUUUAAACAUACCUGGAUGUUAAAUAAAUUAAGAUCCAUUGUUUGUAAUCUAUGAAUUAAGUUUUAUUUUGUUUCUGUCGGCCUGCUUCUUUUUUUUAAAUGUUUUAUUCUCAAAAUUAACACUCGCUUCCGUAGUUAGUAUUGAUUUCCUGCUUAGUAAUUGGGGGUCCAUGCAAAUAACUGAUUUUGUUUAUAGCCGGGAUGCGUUUAAACUGUGUUUUACAAUAUUCUGGGCGUAAGAGUUGUAAUUUUUUUAAACAGAAGGAAUAUUUACGGUUACUUUAAUUAAAUAACAUAUUUUUUUUUGGGGGGGGGGGCUCGUCCCUAGUAUUGAGGAAGUACUUGAUUUUUUUAACAUUGACCAAUAUUAAUGAAAUUAUGUUUGUGUCGUCCGUGAAAAUAUAGUUUUAGACUCCUUAAAAAANUUUAUAGUCGGGAUGCGUUUAAACUGUUUUUUAAAAUAUUCUUGGCGUAAGAGUUGUAAUUUUUUUAAACAGAAGGAAUAUUUACGGUUACUUUAAUUAAAUAACAUAUUUUUUUUUGGGGGGGGGGGCUCGUCCCUAGUAUUGAGGAAGUACUUGAUUUUUUUAACAUUGACCAAUAUUAAUGAAAUUAUGUUUGUGUCGUCCGUGAAAAUAUAGUUUUAGACUCCUUAAAAAAAAUGGGAAUUAAAAUUACGUAGUUUUGGGAGCCAUGCCACGAGUCCGAAUAUAAGCGUGAUUCACUGGAUUUAAAUUAUGUUUUUUUUUUUUUCAAAGUACAGUUGUUAUUGUCGGGAAAAGUUGCUAGGUUUAGAUUUAGCUAUAAAUCAAUAAUGAUAUCCUAAAAAAACUAAAAAUUCAAUUUACUAGUUGCACAUCCGAAUCAAUACAUUCAAUCUAUGUAAGAUCUCCACCUUUUUUUGUACUCCAAAUCAUCCUCAUUAAAAAAAAAAAAAAAGUCUGGAAUCGCUCAUCUAGCUGUCUUCUCUUACAGUGCAUUCUUAAUGCAUGAGUACAUAGGGCAGUUGGCAAAGGCCUCACGUUUUCAGGGAUCCUGAUGCGUCCUAGGGCAUCAAGUUGCUCGAGUUGUUAAUGAAUAUUACAUUUAUUUAGGAGGAAAUUUUUGUUGCUUUUAAAAGGCACUGGGAAGUUUUCCCAAGUAAGAUGAGAUACUUUAAUGUUGGUAGUGAGAUGGGAUAUUUUAGUAUUGGUUGUGAGAUGGGAUACUUUAGUCUUGGUAGUGAGAUGGGAUACUUUAGUCUUGGCAGUGAGAUGGGAUAAUUUAGUCUUGGUAGUGAGAUGGGAUACUUUAGUCUUGGUAGUGAGAUGGGAUACUUUAGUCUUGGCAGUGAGAUGGGAUACUUUAGUCUUGGUAGUGAGAUGAACACAAUUGGACAAAACGUGCAAAACGUUGAAUGUCUUUACUUUUAUAUACAUUUAUCAUUUUGGGUACAUUUACUAUGCAAUAAUUUACCCUAUUUAGUAUCUUUACUAUCUUGUAUUUAAAUUUUGGAUAUCUUUAAUUCGCAACAUUUUACCAUCUUUGGUAUCUUUAAACCUUAUAUUUAAAUUUGGAAUAUUUUCCCCACGUUCUCCAAUACUUUUUUUCGCGCCCCCCUCCCCCCCCCCUGUGCUCGAUGUAAAUGUGCUACACGUUGAGUGGAUUACUUUUUUUAAAAAAAAUGCUCUUUUACCCAACAGUCAAAUGCCGUGACUUUCAGGUCUUGCUUAUUUCCAGCUGCACCCCCCAUUCUCUUUUCAUGUCACAAUCUCCCAAGGUAUUCAGAGGAGACAUGGCGUCCAAGGCAUUAAUUAAAAUAUGUGCCGCUAUCAUGCUUCAGAAAAUAUCUUUUAUGAGGGUAAGACUUACCAUAAAGUGCUCAAAGCAAGACGAAGCGUAAGCAGAUUAGCGUGUAGCAAUUAAACUCAUUCGAUUCAAGU